UGUUGGACAAGUCUACUAUUCUACAUCAUGUUAAGGGUAUCAUUGGUGGUCUGUGUCGUGCCGGCAGUGUUUGGUAUCAUUGUCAGGGAUCCUCCUCCUUCGCCGAAUGAUUACAAGUACUCGUACAAUGUUGAGGACCCGGCAACUGGAGACAGUAAGAGUCAGCACGAAGUGAGGCAAGGUGACAUUGUAACAGGGGCCUACUCAGUGUUAGGACCUGACGGAACGAAGCGUACGGUCGAGUACACCGCUGAUGCGAAGCAUGGUUUUAAAGCUGUACUGAGAGAAGACCCUGUCAGCCCGCCCUUAGUGCGUGCGAUCCCUGUUCAGCACAGUUACCACGCUGCUAACGACAUCCAGUACCAGCCCCCGAGCCCCCCCGGUCCAGUGUUCGCAUCUGUACUGCACCCUCAGCCAUACUCCAACUACGUAGAAGAAAAACCCGCGGUGGUAUAUUUCUCUCCCCAUUCCGAAAUAGAACACAAGUCGCCUUUUAACGGGAACUACUUCGUACCGGCAAAUAACAAAUACUAGAUUUUAGACGGAUAUCUAAAUUAUAUAAGUCUUAUCCUAAACUUGUGAUAUUAGAUAAGUAUUAUUGAAAUCGAGCCUAUAAAUUAAAUGUAUGCUGUGAAUAAUGUACCUAAUUAGAAAAUAGAAAGAUUAUGUAAUUACUGUAGCUGGUAGGUACUAACUUAGUUUAAUGGUAAAAAAUGUAAGCGGAUAGUUGACAUAAAUAAAAUAUGGUAAAAAAUAAAGGCUAAUCAAGGCUGAACUCGUACAGUG